AUGUCUUCAGCAUUCGUUAGUGUCAGGAAUUUCUUGCAGAGGGUUGUUCUCGGUGUGGAUACAAAAAAAAAUAUUUACGACGAUGAAAUCAAUAGUGUAGACACGGAACAAAUAAAUGAUGGUGCACCUGUUGAAAAGAAGUCACCUUUAGGGUAUAAUGUUAGCGAUUUUACUGCUUGUUAUUUGAUUAUUGAGGGUGUCAUCGGUACGGGAAUAUUUGCGACACCUGCAACUAUUUUGAAAUCUGUGGGUUCUGUGGGAGCCAGUUAUGUUUUCUGGUGUGUUGGUUUUGUUGUUAAUCAGUUUACAGUACUAAUGUACGUUGAAUAUGUGACGUAUUUCAGAAGAAGAUCGGGCGCUCAAGUUGCAUAUCUUGAACAAGCAUAUCCAAAGCCCAAAUUUUUAGUUCCAGUCCUUUAUGCAGCCGUUUCCGUUACCCUAUCCUAUAUUACCUCGUCUGCCGCAUCUUUUUCUCAAUACGUCUUUGAGGGGGCAAAUUAUAAAGCAACAGCCUGGCAACAACGUGGACUCUCCAUACUUCCAUUGUUUCUUGCCGCUAUAUUUACAACGCUCAGUACAAAGUGGACUUUACGGCUUAAUAGUGUUAUAGGUUGGUGUAAAGUUUGUUUCAUAUUUUUUAUUGCAUUCUCUGGUUUUGCUGCAUUGGCAGGAUCGACAAAAGCGCCAAAAAAUCAUGAUAUCUUCAAAAAUGCAUGGGAAGGAACUACAACAGAUGGUAAUAGUAUUAGUAAUGCUAUUCUUAAAGUUGUUUUUUCUUUUGGUGGUGCUCCUUAUGCUUUUACUGUUGUCGCUGAGACACAUCCUAAAAACACCAUUAAAACAUACAAAUACUUUGUUCCGUUUACAAUGUUCUUGAUAUUUAUCAUGUAUAUCCUCUGUGUGACCGCAUAUUAUGCUGGCAUUGGUAACAAGGCUGAAAUAACAAAUAGUGGUAAUGUGGUUGCUGCUGUCUAUUUUAGAAAGAUAUUUGAGACCGAGGCUGCGGUUCGAGCAAUGUGCGCAUUUGUGGCGCUUUCUUCUUUUGGUCAUAUGAUGACAGCAUUUAUUGCACAUUCAAGAAUCCUAAGAGAAUGUGGAAGACAAGGUGUCCUUCCAUAUUCGCGUCUAUGGACUAGUGUCAAGCCUUUUGGAACACCUCUUCUACCUAUUAUUGUUACCUUGUGCGUCAAUUUAAUUGUUUUGUUGGCCCCUCCACCUGGUGAUGCUUAUAAUUUUAUUGUGGAUUUGGGAACGUACGCUGACGGAAUAUUUACCGUGUUGCUUUCAGUUGGACUUUUUAGAAUUAGACGGCAAAGAAAGAAAAAAGGGCUUGGUUAUAGAGAAUUCCACCUCCCUACAGUAUUGCUUGUGAUUGUUUUAUUGUGGGCUCUCUUUGUUCUUGCAAUGUCAUUUGUUCCUCCUAAAGGAACUCUUAUAGGAAGUGACGUUUCGUUCUUUUAUGCCACAUACCCAAUAACAACGUUUGGUAUAUUUGGCUUGUGUAUACUCUACUACAUUGUAUGGGCGUUGGUUCUUCCUAAAUUUGGAAAAUUUGAGAGAAGAGUUACAUCUUAUGAGUUACCAAAUGGUGAAAGAGGUCAAACUCUUAUCAAGGUUCCAUUGGGAGAGAUUGAGAGUUGGGAUAAGGAGCAUAAUUCCCAGAAGCAAUCUUUAUUUGCCUCCAACUUUGAAGACGAGCCGGAAAGAAGUCUUGAACUUAAUAUCACAGAAGUGAAUGGUAAAAAGGAAGCAACAUCAUGA